AUGGAUGGUGAGUGGGCGGGUCUUCCCAUCUUAAAAGGAGGGAGUACUGGAGGCGUUCUCAUAUUUUACAUAUAUAGGGGGGGGGUUAAGCCGAUAAAAAGAAAUGUGAGUAAACGGUUGUUCAUAUAUAUAUAUAUAUAUAUAUAAUGGCCGGUUGUAAUCAUCAGUUUAAGCUGGGUACCCGAUGGAAGAUGACAUUUAGGUUAAAAAAUCAUGCGUUUGUUGUAAGACUUUUACAUUCGUUUAUGAAGAUGAAUGGCAUAGCUUCUUUGCGUUGCCACGGGCACAGUGUCGGAGCGCACGAAGUCCACAUCUAGUUUAACAAAUCAGUGAUGAGACAGAAAGCCUGAUUGACAUAGCACAUGAUAUUGGCUCAGUUCAUGUCUUUUUACACGCCGACCUUUCGUUAAGAAUAAUUCUGGCCGGCUGCGUUUAUCUCACCCCAAACCCCUUGUUUUUCUCCAACAAACAAAGGCUCCUUUCUUUGCACACCGCCCAUCGGUUUUCAUCUAGGUUUCUUCAUUUGAUUUCUAAAAUCUUCUAACAGGAUCCUCGAACCUGCUGACGUAUUCACUAAUCUAUUUAUUAGUUUAUUUUAAGACCUUGCAAACAGGAGAAAGAAUCUUUAAAGCGCUUCGGGCAAAUUCUAAUGAAUGCCUAACGUGCGGAUCUUAAAAAUAUUCUUCGUUUUAAAACGUGAAUUCCUACGUAAGCAUGCUGAUCCCGACACGUAACGGACCUCUUCGCUCAUUUCCAGAAGAAAGUUGUUAACUUUGAGUAAGUUGUAGAAAAGAAACGGGAAGUAAGAGCUUAUUGAGCCAAGCCUUGUUACCUAUCUGACCUCAUUCUUAGCUAAACGCAGUAGUUAACAAGGAAUUUUAAAUUGAAAAAAAGAACUAAUCAGCUUCCCCUUUGUAUGGCUAUGAAAAUUGUUCGCCAUCGUCGCUACUAAAAGUGUGUUGCGUUUUUUAGCCUGGCUGCGCGGCGCUUGGUAUGUAAACCUUGUUAGUGCAUACGGAUAUUCAUAUAGGGGAUUUUCUUACUCGGCAACCGUACUUUCCACACAAUUACUCAUGUAAGAGGGGAGGCAAAGAUCUCUGUUUAGACGUAGACAAUCCGAGACGAUUAGUUUUUUAUCAGCCGUAUUAGGUGAGAGCUGUGGUGAUGUUCGUGUACUGUAUAAGCCGUACUUAGUCUGAGUUCUAUAAUAUCAAAAUAUGGGCAUAAUGCCGACUUAAACUGAACACCUUCAUCCUGGCACAUGCUGGCAUCUUAGUGCAGUCCUGCUCUCUGUUCAUCCACAGCGGCCAACGCUUUGAGGCCACAAAUAAAAAUACGUUUUUCUAUCGAAGGGUCAUUUAAUGCUUCGCAAUUCGAGCUCCAGUUUUCGUUCAGUGUGAACUAAACAGUCACAGGAAAAACCAGCGAACGAAAUGGAUAAAUAAAACUUUCUGUUGUAUUAGGUUUUGCCGGGGCCUGGCACCGGCCAAUCUGACUGCACUAACUCUUGAUUAGUGUGUGACACCACUUUUUGGGUCGUGAACAAUCCUUUCUGCGACCUUGGAGAUGCCUCUGUAAGGGGUCAAACUCCAUAUCCGGCGCCCUGUCACUCCACUAACACUCUUUGCUCGCCUCCGGUGGGCUUGUAAGUAUUUUUAAAUGAAGACUCAGAGUGGGCAUUCCUUCUGAGAUGGUCACAGGGAUAGCAGAUCUCACAAAUCUUCGUAUCUUCAAUGACGUGGUCUGCAUGUAAUUUCCCACGGAGGGCGUCAACGCAAAGUAUUUUUGUGUCUGCAAGUGGUUGCUUUAGAAACCGUGUCUGUAUCAUACUCGUGGUCUUUUUGUAUAGCCGUUCACGUUUUAUCUGUUAACAAAAGGUUUCUGACCUGACAUUUUCUCUGGAAAUUUGAUUUUUAUCAUUAAUAUACGUUAACUGUUUCAAAAGACUGGAUAGCACUUACAAAUUUCCACUGGGCUUACAAAGUUGUUCAUCAGAUUGCCAGGCAGGUAGAAACUGGAACAGUAAGUGGGCAAUUUGGAAAGCUCUCGAGGUGAGGAGCUGGGUAAUUUUACUGUGCUAAAUGUCCACUGCGUCUCCGAUUGAUUAACCUGUGGUCCUCAACAACUGUACUUCUCGCACAGACCUUUUUCUUCGCUCACUGUAUAGUACGACUUCCACUUCCUGCAGAUAGUAAGUACUGCCAAAGCAACUUCCGGUAGUUAACUACACUCUGCAAGUUACUUUGGGACUUCAUUGACUGUUUUGGACUCACUUUUGUCCUUCCACCAAUACAGCCUCCUCCGCAUACCCGCUGACGGCUUGCCUUUUCUCCAGUAAUAAAUACGGGGCAUGAUGGUGGUCCGACGGGCGUUAUCAGAAAUGCGUACGCAUGACAAAUGCAAACGUUGGGGUUUGGUCGCACGCCUAGUUGCAGGCUCAUGCCGCACCAACUGGGGUCUGCGCCGCCCCCCCCCCUGCGUUUCCCUUGUUGCGUAAAAUCCUGGACCAGAGGGUGUGGUAGUACGCCUAGGCUUUCGUCGUGCCAGCCACGUCUGACCUCCUCCGCCUCCGUAAUUUUGACUCUGUUUUGACACCGGAUCCCAGUGGGAAAGAAGAGGAGAGUGCGGUAGAUUCUGCGCAAGUCUGCUGUCAUUUUAAACUAAAUCACUCUCAAGUCAACGUCCUUGCCCUGACUCAGCUGUGGAGUACACAGUAGCUAUCGCUGGCGACGGCGGUCUAAUUGUCGAGUGGACUUGUAUUUGUGAAGAAUACCAACCAUAUUUUUGGACCAGAAAAGGUAUAUGCACAGGUCUUAGCCAACUGUUGCUUUAUAAGUUUGAAGAGGGAAUCACUUCGGAAGGGCGGUCUUGGCAAUACGCGUUCUCCCAUUUUGUUUUUCAUCCGUCACCCAAAGACAUAACAACUGUUAGUUGCUUUUUUAGAUUACUCACUUCUGCAGUCCAGCAUAUAUAGCACAACGAUUAGAACAAAAUAUCCCAAAUGACACCUGUCUACUUUAUCUACGAGUUUGUCUGGCCAAGAAUAAGACCUUCUGGCAGCCUUCCUAAAAUUCAUUUUAUGCGUUUGGGAGAAGGAAGGCGUUAGCCAAAUGGACCUACCAGAGUGGACAUCCGAUAAACAGCCGAUGGAUAUCUUCGGAGAGCAUUAACCAUGAAUCUUAUCCGCAUGGGAUUGUCUUUUCGGCAGCCUCAACAGCGAGUCAGAUGCAACAAGACUGGAGUUCAGCUUCUCCAGAAGCUCUUCACCGUUAUUAGACACCUCGGCAGUUUUAUCAAGAAAUGGAAGCGAAAAGCCAGUGGAUUGAACUCAUAUCAAAAGUUCUAGCGUCUUGUAACUUAUGUAGCUGGUAUGUGCGAGUACGUCGCUCACAAGCUGAGAAAGACAGUUGACCAGUAGUUCAUUUCAACAUGAUUUGUUUGACCGAUUUUAAGUGUGGCCAAGCCAUUUAUGUUGGUGAACCUGAUGAGCCGGAUCAGACUCAAAUGCUCGAACAAGAAUUGACUAUGGGGCGAGAAGAAACCUUCCUCGGUGGCUGCACAUUAAAGCACAAAUUCCCUUUUAACCGUGCAAGGAACUUAGGACAAUCAGAUGACUGAAUUUCGCACUGACUGCAAGGAGCGUCACGUCCAACUGACGGCUUAGUUAACAGACAUUAUUUCACCAACCGCUGAUCCGGGUUUGCACGAACAAACCAACAGCAUAGUUGUGGGUCGCUGUCCACGGUGAGUUAAGCACUCAUUGAUCUGCACGUUUCCUCUAUCCUCAACGAUGGGCUCGCCUGGGAAGAAGACGGAACAUGCGUACGCAACACGGCCGCUCCCUAUUUUACCAUCACGUAAGAUGCCCACAGAGGACCUCGUAUGCUUCAAAGAGGAUGGCCGGACAGCAAGUUAUUACCCUGUCCGUAUUUCAUGCCUCGCCUUCAUCUGACCCUUUGGUUCUUUCGUCUGUCCGGUAUUUCAAAAUUUCGGAAUGUAAACUGUGUUCAGAAGUUGUAUGACGUUCCGUCAUCUGAGGGGCCCCGUUCAUCUCCUUUCUACUGCAUUAUUUUAUUCACUCACCGGGCUUGCUUCUAGUUUCUCCGACGUAGUUGACCUUGCAAGGACUGCACAAGACUCCAUAAAUGACAUUGGAUGUAUCGCAUCGUAACCAAAUGCCCUCGGACCCCAUGGGCAAUGCAGAAUUAUCACUUUAGACUACGCCUGUCCUUAAGGGCCCUAAAAAGGUGACAGCGGCUUUCGCAAUGCCUCUACUUGUAAUCCCUCGGACAUCAGCUUCAAAGUACCUACAGUCUUACGACUUUUUUAAAAGUUUGCACAGCCUUUUUAUAACAAGCUUGACCCCUCUCUUUCUACCGCAGAGAAGGCAGCUUGUUCGCAACCCACCGCGCCACCGCCACCAUACAGCCCCGCGAACUACACCGGUGUCCAGUCACCACAGGCACCUCUUAUGCCCCCUCCUGGAUGGGUGGCUUCUCCGCAGCCAGGUAAGUUUUCUUAAUAUGGUUUUCAUUUAUUUUAUGUGUGGAUGGCACAUAAAUAAUUCUGUUGACCAAGCUCAGCCAGAUUUGUGCUCAUAACCUGCUUUUGACAAGCCUGUGAUUGUGACGAAAUUAUUAUAAUGGGGAGGAGAGUGACGUCUUUAUUGCUGUUGCUGCUGCUGCUGCUGCUGCUCCUCCUACUACUACUACUACUAUUACUACUACUAAUAGUACUAAUACUACUACUACUACUACUACUACUACUACUACUACUACUACUAUUGAUAUCGCUCCAACUUGUCAGCACUACUGCUAUCGCUACUACCUACUACUACUACUACUACUACCACCACGAGUGCUACUACCAAUACUACUAUUACUACCGCUACUGUUACUACUGCCACUACUACUACUACUACUACAACCGCUAUUACUACCAUUACUUCUACCACUACUACUUCUACUACCACCACCACCACUAUUACUGCCACUACUAUUGCUACUGCUGCUACUGCUACUCUUACUAUCACUGAGAUAACCGUCAACUACUAGCGACGUCGGGUCGAAGUUCAUGCUAUAAACCUAAUAGGAGUGCUGAGGCGCGCGGAUAAGGCAAUUUUCUCGCACUUUCCCCAUGUCACCUCAGUAAGUCGACAAAACGUGUGCCUUAACACUCAGCAAUACCUGCUUUGCGAGCAUAGUGGGUCAGUUUUCCAUUUUGAUGCGUGUUUUGGCAGAUUUGAACAAUUUAUCCAGUUGUAAAAGGGUCGAAGGCCUCGAUAAGGUUCGAACACUAAUCACUGUUAUGACUCGGCCUGUUUCUUGAAAGCCCGUAGAGCGUAUACACACUCGACCCUUGUCCCCCAUACCAAGGCGGCGGACAAAGGAAACACGGCCGGCCACGGAAAGUGUACUAGAAAAACCGCAAGUCGCGACUAGCUGAAAGGUGACGCAUAUUUAUAACACCCUACUGUGGUUCGCCGUCAUUCGGCCCAAUGACCUUCGGGAAGAGGAGAGUAGCCAAUGGAAAGGCGCCACGUUAAGAUGACAACGCUGUAGAGAGAGCAAACGCACGCGGUCUCCAGUGAUUGGUUGGCUCUUGUUUUUGGGAGUGUUGGCACUCCCAGCACUGACCCACGGUUUUGAGGUUUUAAUAUUUUAGCUACGUUUCCUCCCACCCGCCCCCUUCCCCACCCAACCAACCGCAAAGUAUGGGAUCAGCCAACUCCGACCAUCGAAGUAGGUUUUUCCUAAACAACCAAUCCCAUCGGGACCGCCAAGUUUCGUACAAUUGGGUACCGAGUUAAAUUUCCUAUGCGCAUCCAGAAGUCAAUCUGACAUUGUGAGACCUGGCGAUAAAUGUUAGGGCGACCGUUAAGAUUGUUCUUGGCCUAUUUGUCCUUGUCUGCCUGCCAUACCUUUACUACUGUCUGAUUCCAUCCGCACGACAAAUCAACGCAUUUCCUACCUGCAAAGAUCCUGCGCGUUUAAUUCCAUUACAACGUGCUAACCUUAGAGGACUGCCAGCUGGCGGGAUAAUUCGGUCCUUGCGGACUAUACUGUCUGUGUGUUUUUCUGUGGAGUGACUGGCUGCGAGUCAGGUUCACUGACUCCGUGACACCCUCACUAACAGGAGAUCCGGGCUGUCCCUUCCUUUCCUCUGAAAACCUGCCACAUUGUGCGAGUACCAGAUGGAGCGUUGCACGGGUAAUCAAGUUGUUUGAGUUCGUCAACCACUGCGCCCAAUUCUGCUCCUGGCCAUCCAGACUCUAGGGUAAGGUGACACCAUACUAACAGCACAGGUACUAGCCAAAAGCCCAUACACGCGUGUUUCGCCGAUGUUUUGCCGCUGCAUGGCGCAGCUGCGAGGGGUUCGGCUCGUCAGUGGGUCCCCCAGCAUUCCCCGUAUGUUUUCUGGUAGAUACUCCAAUUUAGAAAUUGUCACUUUUUAAUUUCCGGAGAAAUUUUGUGCGAAGUAGGAGUAGAUCAGUAUAUUCAAGGUCUAUAGGCAGAGACCGAGAAUUUUAUACAUGAAUAUUUGGGCCAAAGUCCAUCAGCCACAGCGGCCCAAAUAUUCAUGUAUAAAAUUCUCGGUCUCUGCCUAUAGACCUUGAAUAUACUGAUCUACUCCUACUUCGCACAAAAUUUCUCCGGAAAUUAAAAAGUGACAAUUUCUAAAUUGGAGUAUCUACCAGAAAACACACGGGGAAUGCUGGGGGACCCACUGACGAGCCGAACCCCUCGCAGCUGCGCCAUGCAGCGGCAAAACAUCGGCGAAACACGCGUGUAUGGGCUUUUGGCUAGUACCUGUGCUGUUAGUAUGGUGUCACCUUACCCUAGAUUAUACUACUAGCUGCCUGUAGGCAGUUAAUGAAUAUUACGCGGUUACCCGCUGUGGCUGAUGGACUUUGGCCCAAAUAUUCAUGUAUAAAAUUCUCGGUCUGUGCCUAUAGACCUUGAAUAUACUGAUCUACUCCUACUUCGCACAAAAUUUCUCCGGAAAUUAAAAAGUGACAACAUCCAGACUCUGUCUCGCCACUGGGCCCAGGAGGGUGGGGGGGGGUGAUAGUGCGGCAGAUGCUGUGGAAGUCUGCUAUCAUUAAAUUAUUUCACGCGCAAGUCCUCUUCCUGCACUCGCCACACUGUGGGAGACACAGUAGACAUCGUUGGUAACGGCGUCCGACCUGUCAGCCAAUGUGUCGGCGCGUCUACAGAACACGCGAAACCACUCCGCGGCGGGAAAGGCACCUCCUAAUUCUUGCCUUGGUCAAUUUCCGAGGAAACCAAUGCGCGAACUUGGAGCACCUCUUUCGAAACAGAUCUUGGCUAGAUCGCAGUUGGUAGCCCGGUGCCGUAUUACAGGUGGUGGGGGUUUGUUUACUGGAGUUAUUUUGUGGGGCUCCAUAAUCACAUCUGACCCAUUUGGCUUCCUUUUUUACGUUUGAGGUUAGGAUUAGGGAACCGGUUAAUGGUUCCCGAUUUUCGUGUUAGGGUUAUGCCUUUAGGCUUAGGUUCUCGGGUUACGGAUAGGGUUUGAGCGUAUGAUUAGGUUUCAGAAUUACGGUUAGGUUUUUCAGUUUUGGCUAUGUCUAAGGGCUACGGUAAUGUUUAUGAUUUCGGUUAGGGUUAGGGUUGCCGUUAAUGUUAAUUGUUAACGUUUAAGUUGGAGGUUUGGGUUAGGUUUAGGGUUAAGGCCGCCGUCCGCUUCCCCAUUCCUGGCUACCAACUGCGAUCUAGCCCAAACCUUUUCACGCACGGUCCAAAGUUUGAUGCGAAUAUUUGAGCUGAAAUCCGUCAGCAACUGCGGAAUAACCGCCUAAUAUUCACAAACCACCAACAGGCACUCAGUAGUAUGGGACUGUACAAUGACUUACCGCACUAACAACAUAGGUAUUAGCUAAAAGCCCAGACGCGUGUUUUGCCGAUCUUAUGCCACUGCCUGACGCAGCUGCGAGGGGUUCGUCUCGUCAGUGGGCCUCCCAGCUUUCCCGUGUGUUUUCUGGUAGAGACUCCAAUUUAGAAAUCGCCGCUUUUAAAUUUCCUCAGAAAUUAUCUACGAAGUUGGAGUAGAUCAGUUAAUUCAAGGUCUAUAGGCUCAGACCGAGAAUUUUAUGCAUGAAUAUUUAGACCAAAGUCCUUCAGCCACAGCGAGUAACCGCUGUACCUGAUGGAUUUCAGCUCAAAUAUUCAUAUCAAACUCUGAACCGUGCCUGAAAAGGUUUAGAAAGAUUUGCUCCAAGUUCGCGUAUUAAUUUCCUUGGAAAUUAAACAAGGCAAGUUGAAACUGGAGUUCAUAUUACCAGAAAACACACGGGAAAGCUGUGGGGUCCAAUGACGAGCCGAACCCCCCGUAGCUGCGUCAGGCAGCGGCAUAAGAUCGGCGAAACACGCGUGUCUGGGCUUUUUAGCUUUUAGCUGUGUUGUUAGCACGGUAAAUCAUUGCACCUCCUAAUUCUGCCAUGCACUGUUGGAGGGACGACUGUUAUCUCACUGUCAUUCCCACGUCCUGUAAACGGGUCAACCUGAGGCCGGACACACUGGGCUUGAAAUUCCGGCGAGGACUCGGUGCACCGAAUUCAACUUCACACUCCUGGCCUUCGGAGCAUGGUUCUGGACAGGCGACACUGACCGCUGAUUGGCUGAAAGAGGCUGCAGAUAUCGGCCAAUUAAUUCUCUCUGUCUGGAAGUGGGAGUUAUCCCAGAGUCCUCCCCCCCAAGCAUCUCGCCCUUUAAAUCCCCAGGCGGAGGAUAAAUAAGCUAGAACGGAUGCGCCUUGUGAUCGGUAGUGGACUUGGGGCUUUUGAGGGGUCAGAGUAUCCGCUCCGGAUGGCAGGCGAACCAUGAAUGUUCCAGGCGUCGAUGAAACGCGAGUGCACUGCACCUUCUGACAAACGUACUCCGCAAUUUGACAUUCGAGGCGGUUCAUACGGAAGUGGAGGCCUCAAACCGCCAAGAAGUCCAAGUUGGCAUUUACCGGCCUCGAGGCCGGUAGUUGAUUCGCAGAGUGUUAGGACUUUUUCUUUACAGCAACAGAAGGAACGAGUUGACAACCGGGACAAUAGGUCAGAAAUAUUGCAUCUCUGUGGGGUUGUUUGGUUGGUCUCGAGGCUGGUGAUACAUCAUUCUACAAAACCGGUCAUAUGAGAAGAACACAGGUCAAAGUGUUUCUUUUUAAAAUCGUCCCAGGGAGUUUGUAUGUGCUAGCGACACGUGACCUGAUCGGUUAGUAUUGCCGAUCGCAAUCAGCAAGAAAAAGGGCCCGUUUCUCAAUAGCAGAGCGUUGGAGUUGAUGACGCUUGAUAACCAAAGAACGCCGAUUCGAGGUUAUGGUCCGCAAAUUGUGAUUAAGACAAGGCUGACUGACAAACGACCAUUCCGGUCUUUGUCAGUUUUCUCCUCCUCCAGUCUCCCUUGUCUUUGUCGGUAAUGCCAUUCUGCCUAUAUCCUGCGCCGCUGUGCGGCUGCUAGUUGGGCUCGAGGGAGAGUCCAUAAGGCACAACAGAACGAGUGAGUUCCGUAAGAACGAUCGGUGAGCGUCCCCCACCAUUGUAUAUUCCUGAUCGAAACAGACAGGGCAACGGGCUCGUGGCUCAGUGGUUAGAGGCGUGGACUUCUAGCAAACAGGUCGCGAGUUCGAGCCUCGGGUGAUCCGCACUUCGGAGUUGGGUAUGACUGGCUGACGACGGCUAAUAAGCCAGAAAUGGCCAUUCCAGUGUCCCUUGUCUUUGUCGAUAAUGCCAUUCUGCCUAUACAUAUCGAUCUGCCAAUCGCCUAUCAAGCACUCCGUGAACAAGUCAACAGCGCAGCCAGAGGUCACCCCCGGCAGAGGUGAGCUAAAUACACGACGAGCUGUACAGUUUUUUCAUUCCUUGACGAUGGGCUCGCGUGAGAGUUCGAAACGUCGGAUAAAUAAACCAUUGGUCCCAGCGAUCGCCUUCCCGUCUUCUUCUAUGCAAUUACCUGGGCCGCGCGUAUUCUCUAUCAUUCGGAUAUACAAAUAUAUACGAUCGAUUUUUGGAGCAAAAUAAUGGCCUUAGGGGAAACAUUACAGGCCCCAUGUAGAUGCCUAGGCUUAUUCGCGGUGCUGGUUGCCAGUAAGAUGAGAUAAACGUAGCCUUGUCAUAGGGCUCUGUUUUUUGAAGAGUUUAGCAAUUGUGGAAGCUGAUUAAGUACUAAUUAUUGCCAUUGCGUAUUAGGAAAGACCCGCUGUACCCUGUUGUAACCACUUCUUCGAUGGAAACUUUGUAGGUGGUUCACCCUAUCCACCACCACCUGCGGUUACCUGCCAACCCGUGACAAACGUGAACAUAGUCGCAGGCGGUUCUGGUAUGUCUACUGACUUAUCUUGAUAUCCCCCGCUCCCAAUUUUUCUGCUUUCUUUUCAAUGUGGGGCAGCAAACAUUCCAGGUGAAAGAAUAAUUCGCGCAACUUGCGAAACUUCGUCCGAUCUCCGCGCAUUAGCCUCCAUCUCAGGGAAGAAUGGUCAGACAUGACUGCCGAAAAGCCAAGAUAAUUCAUGCAAUCCGGUACACUGGUCCUCUAACAAGGUUUCUCUCAGCCAAAAAGGAAGAUUGUCAGAAUUGAAUUUGUAAGCCCACCGAGGAGAUUAAAUACGGGACGGAUAUUAUCAUUAUUAUUAUCAUCAGUGGGGCAGGCGGACAAUAAGAAUGCUCGUAUUUUUGCAAGCUUGUUUUAUUACUCCAAAAAUGUGUCGAAACGGACCGCGCAAUUUGAAAGACGCGACUCAGGGGCGUGGGAGCAUGUGGAAAACAGGCAAUCCAGGUUUAUUGGUUAAAGAAUGCCAGAUUGUGCAAGACGGUAUAAGCGACAGGCAAACUUGACUCGGACUCCGACCAUAGACCUAAAUUCAAUCUUCUCCAGCUUAGUUAGAAACGUUGUCCUAACACAACAUGCGUACCACAAUCCGAUAAGUAGGUGUGUCAUAGCAAUAAAAGCAUGGGAUUGCAUAUUUAAUCAUUUAAUCAAGGAAAUAAGGACCCCCGCCCCCUGAAAUGUUAACCGAAAUUUCGAAAUGCGUUUUUGACCCGAAGAGAUUGAUCACCGUGCAGCAUAAUUCCAUGAUAAUUCAGUUUCUGGAGGAUGUCAGCCUUUGAACGCACAUCUUUCCGGCCGCCUACACUCUGUAAAAGAUGACUACUUAGGUAGUAUGGAUUAUCCUCAUUAAUUUCCGACAGCCUUAUAAAUUCGAAUGUAGUUCAUAGGAAACAAGCAUAAAAAAAUAUUCAUUAUUGACGAAUGAAGACGAAAUAUCGAGUUCCAGGUGUAUGCAUACGUGAAGAAGUGUCGAGCACCGGAGCACUGUGUUUAUUGUCCUGAGUUUUCAGACUCGUACAGGAGUCCAUCGUCAGAGGUAACAGAAGCAGCAGAACAGGCGACAGUUAUAAGACAUGCAGGCCAAUCAUCGACCGACGGUGCAAGACUGGAGGUGACUACGCAGGGCUCUGUACGCCGGCGCCAGAUCGAUAAAUCGACUGACCGAGUUCUCAUCCGAGGCCCAGACUUCAAUGAAUUCUCGGCCUGUUUUCUUUCCGACGUGGGUGACUAUUUUGGUGGCUGCGAAGUUAAACUCGUGACUCAGUCAUGAAAAUCAAAGACCGGUUAAAACCUGAUGAGCAAUCUGGAGUAGUAUAUCGCAUUCCGUGUCAAAAUUGACCUUGUAACUACACAGGGCAGACUGGGUGCAUGCUCGCAUCGCGCAUACACGAACAUAAAGUGGCUGUGCGACGAGGCGACGCAUUAGACAAGUGGCCGCCCAUACCUACGAAAUGGGUCACGAGUUUAACUUCGCAGCCGCCAAGGUAAUCGCCCACGCCGGAAAGAAAACAGGCCGAGAAUUGAUUGAAGUCUGGGCCUCGAAUGAGAACUCGGUCAAUCGAUUUAUCGAUCUGGCGCCGGCGUACAGAGCCCUGCGUAGUCACCUCCAAUUGUGCACCGUCGGUCGAUGAUUGGCCUACAUGCCUUAUAACUGUCGCUUGUUCGGUUGCUGCUACUACCUCUGACGAUGGACUCCUGUACGAGUCUGAAAGCUCGGGACAAUAAACACAGUGUUCCGGUGCUCGACUCUUCUUCACUUAUAUUCAUUAUUCAGUUCAUUUGGAAGGAAAUUACGUGUUCUUCAAAUGUUUUACUUGAAGGGAGGGUAUAAUUUGGUUUAAGAAAUUCUUCCACUUCCCGCAUAAUUUUGAACCCGACCUGUCGUUACGCUUGCAUUCAGGGUUUCCAAACUACAAGCUGUAUAUUCGUGUACGUAAAAUCAUGCAUUCCUAUGCACUGUUAAGAGGAGACCAUAUGGCAGUGGAUUUGUGCCAUAUUGAGGACUUACAAGUAACAAUAGUAACUGUGGACACAAUAUUUUACGAACGGGCAGUUCACGGUCUUAGGAAAUUUCUUACUUUUUUAAAAGCGGGCUAUACCCCUUCUUAAAGUACAAAAUUCGAAGAUUUGACUUCCUACCAAAGGAGUAAGAUAACGAAUAUUUCGGUAAGAUGUGGUUAUGUAACCGCACCCAAUGGACACAAUAAUGUUAAAGGCAAGGGUUAGGGAUUAGGGCAACUAUUUCCCAACCACCAAAAGUUCAACCGCGCAUUCUCAAUAGCUUUUUCGCAUACAACUACUUGACCUCGUCGCCUGUGUGUCCCCCGGUCCCACCUGCAAAAACCCCUAUAACCACCGGUCCCGCAUUACAGGCAGCUGGGGUUUGUUUACUUCAGGUGCGGUGACAUAACCACAUGUGACCGAUAUUUUUAUGCAUCUUUUCUCUGCAUUUACAAGGGCAUCGAAAAUCAAUGAGAAAAACUCAUGCUACUAAAGUAGUCAUUUUUACAGAGUGUAGUUUUUGCAGCCGGCAGAGAAGCUCGUCCAAAAGCUGACGUCCUGCAGUAACUGAAUCAUCAUAGGAUUAUGCUGUACGGUGAUUAAUAUUAAAACCCCACUUAAGUAAUAUUUUCGAAUCUAAAACGCAUUUCAGAAUUUCGGCUAACAUUUCAUGAGCUAGUACAUCUACUGUACAUGUGACCCUGGGCUAAUUUCCAGAGAUGCUUGGAUUAGGGUUAGGAUUUUGAGGGUUAGUUUUGUGUGAGCUGUGGUUAAAGUCGGACCAUGGGAAUAGGUGUCCCCACUGAAAUUUAGCGUGAGACUGUGUGUAGCACGGGGGGUCCUUAUUCGUGUGCCCAACCGACCCCAUUAAACAUUGCUUUCCGCCCUCCUUCAAAGAGACUUGCUUGGUUAGGCUUCUAUAAAACAUCUUAGGAAGUAGUCAGGAUAUGCACAUAGGCAAAGCCCUCCUCGACCAUUCAGUUGCGGCAAUAACCCUCUCUGAACCGGGUCAUCCACAACCGAUUCAACGCCGUCGCAAUAAGUCGGCCAAUUGUUAGUGCCCCCCCCCCCCCCCGGGGGACGAAGGAUGACUCGAUCCCCUAAUUUGUUAGUUGACAUCGCCUCCCAUAACUCCACGGGCCUUGCGUCUCGUUGAUUUGACGAACCUCGAGGACGUUUCGUUGGCUGGCAGCUCUCUCCAGGCGCAAUAUUCGACCACACGUCUAUCCUUCGAACUAUUGGUCCAGGCACAUCACCGAAUCCAGCCCUGACCCCUUCCCCUCCUGAGUUAUCUGCGUCUAAGUCCUAGAGGCAAUUUCCCUGUUUGCAUGAAUGUUUAAUCCGUUUAUCACCGCAACAGUAGCGGCAGCAAUGCCAACAAUGUUGAUACUUCGCCAGGGUGCAUUACUUCCAGCACCUCUUCCCGAAAGGCCGUGCGGUAGCAACUUGCAAGACAAGAUCGACGGACGAGGGACGGCGGCACCGGCUUGUCCAUUCGGUUGCCAAGCUACUUCUGUGUACUCGACGUCUGAAGCCCCCGCGUAAAGACAAGAUAGGGUGGGAAGCUGGUUGGCGAUGAACACGUCUGCAACCCUUUUGACUAUUUUGUAAACACCUUUCAGCGCUAGCGCGUUUAUUACGGCGGUCCACGCCUAAAAUUCUGGUGUGUUUGCGUGGGUGUCGGGGUCGUGUGUGUGACACGCAGAAGGGCCAUUCUUAGCUCCGUAAGCCACUUCUACCAGUCUCAGCAUCCGUUGGUUGAGCUGCUCUGACAAUCGUCUGGUCCACGGGAAGGGGAAGAGAAAGCGAGGUCAAUUCUUGGCACAUAUUCUGCAGCCAUAAACAAUCUGACGCGCUUGAGACUAUAACGAUGCGCCGAGAGCCGUGGCGUAAAAAGCCGCUAACUGACGAUUCAACUCCGACCUUGCAAUCGGCCCAGUGCUUUUUUGUGUCCAGUGGCCGACUAGUGGACUGAAAGUCAGAUUGCAAUGGCUCCUUUAUGUGAUCACGCGAUCGGGAUCCGGGUCGCCCUCCCUUUCGUGUUGUGUGGGAUCCUGGUCUUUUGUGCGGACCAGGAGCGUGGUGGCACGCCUAGGCGCGGGCUCACGUCGCACAAGGCAUUUGCUCCCUCUCCCGCCCCCUGUCCUCUAGGCUAUGUCUUGGCCCAGUAGGGUAAUGGAAGCAAGAGUGCAGUAGAUGCAGCGCAAGUCUGCUGGGGCUCCAAUCUAACUCGCGUCCAAUUCUCGGUCCCUGCGACCACCCUGUUGUGAUGGACAUCAUCGUAAUCGACGGUCGAACUGUCAUAGGCAUGUGUGCAGAGAUGUUUUUUGAGGUCGUAUGGAAUUUAUUGCAAACGCGAAUCUUGCUUCGUGAAAUAAAUGAAAAAGUCUCAAAUGUAAAUGCGUUGCUGUGUGUCAUUUUUUUCCGAAGCGAUCCCACGAAGUGUGUAGAGAAUGCGAGUAGUGUUCACGUAGCAAUCUUUUUCCGUCUCAACUUCGGCCACUGGAGCGGCCUUGGUCGAGAAACUAGUAUGCAUAGUAUUUAGGGAGAAAAUAAAGGUCGCACUUCUUGUUCAUCAGUAGUUCUAUUUUUUGACAUUUACAACAACUUUGCUAAUUUCGGGCAGCCUUAGCUCGUACGUCCAUGCGCGUGUCCUAAUUCUCUUAUUAAACGCCCGCCCGACAAUAAGGCUGCUUACCGCGGGUGGCUUUUACUAUUACAGGUCAAAUACUGAAACUCGUACUCGCAUCCCAAAUUUGAACGCACUAAUCCGCAGUUGCCGACACCUACGAAAUGGGUCAUGAGUUUAACGCCGCAGCCACCAAAGGAACCGCCCACGCCAGACUCAAGACAGGCCGAUUAUUAAUUGAAACCUGGGCCUCGGAUGAGAACGCAGCCAAUCGAUUUAUCGAUCUGGCGCCGGCGUACCGAACCCUGCGCAGUCACCUCCAGCCGUGCUCCAUCGAUCGAUGAGGGAUUUGCACGCUCUAUAAUUGUCGCUCGUUGUGUUGUUGCUAUUAUCUCUGACGUCGGACUCAUUCGCGAGUUCGAAAGCUCAGCACAGCAAACUGUUCCAGUGCACGACAAGUCUUCUUAUACAUGCACCCGGGACUCCAACUUCCGCUUCCACAUGAGAAGAACGCUCAUUAACAACUAUAGAACAGUAACAUACUUUACGUCUAGUGUGUUCGUAGCGCCCUCCCGUCUUGUAAGAAACGAAAUACCAGUUGAUUUAAUACCUCGAUCGGUGGGACUGAAAUAUAACCAUCCCCCACAUUAUUACUUACUAUUGUUCAGUAGACGUCUGCAGUAGGUCGUAGAUCUUAUAUAUGAUGCUUUCCGUAGUAUGUCCACCAUAUUUCCUACCCCGGACUACAUUGAUUCAUUGGAAGAGGAAGAUGGAUUCAUCGGAACAGGUUUGUUAAGUUGCUGACGUUUCGAAGAGCUCGGUCGGCUCUCCAUUGUCAAAGCGUAAAAUGCACUUAAUCGACCGGAAAUCCCAAGUGGCGUGUCACGUUGGUCGGCCUCGUGCUGAUCGAUUUUUCUCUCCCCUCGCUGCCUUGGCCUCUCGGGCGAUGCUUGACGAGCAUUUUGUCUGCGUGCGUUGUGAGUCACCACUCUGCCGGUGGUAAGUGACUGAACCAGUGUCGAGUGGUCGGUCCGGCGGUUCUUCUUCGCCUUCACCGAGUAAACACGCCGUCGGUCUGUCUCCGUAUGGCCUUCUUAAGCCCGGUGUGGUUGUUUGGUCCUGAGCUCUUCGAUUGUGAUGACGUAGGACUUUGUAGGCUGCAGGAAGGUCCAGAUGCCUGUUGAUGAAGUGGGCAUCGAAGAACCACGCCUUGAGAUUUAGCCGUUCUGCUUUUGUGUUGCCCCAGCCUAAGAUGGUAGCUCGCUGUUGCUAAUUAAGAAUUUGGGUCUAACCUCCGAGUCCCUGAUUUGUGCUCUUGUAUGCGAGUCUGCAAUUUCCGCCCGGUUUCUCCCAAAUAGUUGCAGUCGCCCUCAUUGCAAUUUGUAGAUAACUGCAGAGGUUUCGGCGGGUGGCAAUGGGUCCUUAGGUUGCACCAGACGGCGUCGAAUUGUUGCCUGGGGUCGGUGGGCUAUGCCUACUCUGGCAGGUUGUAACGAUCGAGACCCCUUUAACGUAGGGAAUGGCCCUCCAAACUUCAGGUUCCUGCUCAUUUGGUCGUCGUCUGUGCGUCCGACGUCUGCUUCUCUCAAUAAAGUGUCCGGGGUAACCAUUGGCUGCAAAUAGGUUCUGAAGAUACAUUCGUUUGGCUCUUUUAUCUUCUGGCGUGCUGCAGUGUGUUUCGACUCUUUGGAAUAGAGUGCGAACACAGAUACGUUUGUGAGACAGGAUGGUUGCUGUUGAAGUGUAGCAUCUGUCUCGUGUCGGUGGAUUUUCGGAAUACUGCGGUUUGCAGUUUUCCAGUUGUGCAUUGAUUCAGCCGACAUUUGGCUAUCUGCCCCAAAAGGGACACAUUUGAAGGACUGUUCCGUUUGUUUAUUUGCUUGGUGUCAGCAGCGUUCUCCAAAAAAAGCCGAGGAAAGGGAAAACUCGGCACUUUUAUACGACAACAAAACGAGGACUUGACAACAUUAUAUCGUAGUGACGUUCGACUAUGUGGUAAAGUUUCAAUGCUUAAACUAUUUAGAGCCCAUCACUGCCUGGAAAUGUGCGCGUUAAUAUGGGAUGACAUUGUUGGUGGCUGGUUGUGCAAGCAGCAUUUUUACAGACAUAAGGAACAGCAUUCAACAAUGGCGUUGAGGAGGUGUCGGGAAUUCCUGAGUUCACGAGACCCAUUUCUGGGGAUAAAGGCAGUUAAAGUAGGUAUUUACGUAGGUAGUAGAUUAGUCAUCGGCUGAAAGCUUAGCAAAUGCCCUUGAGGAAGGUGGGCCAUUCCCGAUACGGCCUAAAUUGACCAAGUGUUACAAACAGAUGUUUUCGGUCUUAAACGAAGGCGUGGGCGGCAAUUCAAAGUGCUUUUACUUACUUAGACGUAGGCUGAAAGUUAAUCGGAAUGCAGCUGAAGUGAGCGUUGGACUUUGAGAAAGGUGGACGAUUCCUGCCACUGUCUAUAUCGACCAAGCCUCAAAGGAAGACGUGUACAACAAUUCAAGGCGUCCCCACUUAUUAAUUCUGAUGAAAUCAACUACCGCUUAACACACCAUUCUUUCGAAAGUCUUCGACAGCAAAGCCCACUGCCUGAAGUCAUUCCCGAGGGACUCCAACGACUUCCACUUAAUUUUCACUAAAAUCUAACUGACCUCCAUUUUCUGAGAUUCCAACGUCAUUCAGUGAAGCCGGGCGCUGGGGGGCCUCACUAGCAAGGUAAUUCUAAAAUGGACCCGCACAACAAGCUAGGAAAAGCUGAUUGGAGACAAAGUAGGGGAAUACAAACAUCUGUAAGCGCCGAGACUCGUGAAACCGUCAUUUAGCUUCUUAAAUGUACCUUCUUGUAGUGAUUAUUACUUUAGUUAAGCCGCCAUGCCAACAACCACUGGUUCACAGAAGGUGACGUGUUGUCUUUUGUCGAAGAACAUCUCCAAACAGCCCUCCAAAUGACAGUUAAAUGAAAAUACAUGCCUGAUUAGCGAAUUGUCAGUCACGCUUUGUAUAACAUCCACUUGAAUGGAAACCGUCAGUUCACCACACUCCAUCUGAAUGCCGGCUGGCGCGAUAAGCCUCUGGCUGACCCAAUCGGCCGUGCCAUGGCGCGGUUGACAAUGCAUGCGCACAGAGAACGGUCGCACACAGGAGACCCGCGGGAAGGGGUGGGGCACGGUUCGUCCGUCGUGACCAUGCCGCAGGGGUGCAAAACUCAGAUCUCAAAGGUUCCGAAAAUGCAGUCUUGACGUCCGCGGUAAAAUCGAUUCUUUGCUGUGUGAAUGUACUUUGCUAAUCGGCGGAUCGACGCAGUGCAGUAUCGCCUGCACGUUGUCGUCGCCUGACGUCAGCGCGGUCGGGUAAGGGGCGCCUCUCCCCGCCGAAGUGUCGAUUUUUGGUCGUGCUUCAUACAGUGAGCGACCGAUUUCAUGAAUUGUUGGCUGGAGUUCUGAAAUGCGUUUUCGAUUGGGAAGGUUUACUUGGACGCGGUUGUAGUACUGAUUAUCUUGCAACAGAAUCCUAUAAUAUUUCGGACUUGGCAGGAUGUUAGCUUUUGAAUUUAUUGCCUUUUAAUCUCCUGUAGAAACUGGGCUCGGUAAAAAACGACUACUUAAAUAGGAAACUGCAUGCUACUUAUCUUCGAUGGUCUUGCAAGUUCAAAUAUAUUUUAUAGAAACUGCGAAUAAAAAUAUGCUUUCCUUCAGUUGUUUGAUAGAUAAUCACGCCGUCUUUAUAUUUUAUGCUCGAAGACGAAGUAUAAUUAGGUUUUAAGAAAAGUUUUUAAUUAUGAAAAUAUUUAACACCGUGUAAUGUCUAUUCAUACAGCAUGAACCCCAUCCGUUGCACAAUUUUAUGGAUUCUAUAUAAUAUCUUCUUAAAGACAUGAGAGAACAUGCGAUUUUACUUACGGGGAACGCAUGCACCUUAUAGACUGAAAUCACUAUGCACUAACCCAACCACUGAUCAGGCUCCGAAUUAUUAGGAAUAAGAUACCUUUUUCAAAACCUUAUUGUACUCUAUCUUCGUGUAUAAAAUAUCAAUACGGCGUGACUCUCUAUCAAACGACUGGAAAAAAGCAUAUUUCUAUUCGUAGUUCCUAUAGAAUAUAUUUGAACUUGCAAGACCGUCGAAAAUCAACAGGAAACUGCAUGCUACUUAAGUAGUCGUUCUUUACCGAGCCCGGUUUCUACAGGAGAUUAUAAGGCAAUAAAUUCAAAAGCUGACAUCCUGCCAAAUCCGAAAUAUAGGAUUCUGUUGCAAGAUAAUCAGUACUACAACCGCGCCCCAGUAAACCUUUCCAAUCGAAAACGCACUUCAGAAGUUCAGCCAACAUUUCAUGAGAUCGGUCGCUCACUGUACAAAGGAUAUGCGAGUGUGCAUUGUGGUGGCGUUUCACCCGCCGAAUGUUUUUUCUCGCGGGCAGGCGGGCGGCCGUGUAUGCUGACUUUUCGCGUUGAAUGCGUCUCCUGGGCUUUGAACCGCGACAAUCACUUCCCCCCCCCCUCCCCGCGGGGUAGGGUGUGUGCGACCGUUCCGUGUGCGUAUGUACGGUACACCUCGCUACGGCUCGGUUGAUUGGGUCUGCCGUCCGUGUAUGGGCCGGAGAGUGCACGGCUUGCGGCGUUACACAUCAUUCAGACGGGGGCUGACUCACCGGUCCACCUUCACCUACCGGACCAAAAACUAACAUUUUCGUCUUGCCCACACAGUCGACCGCCCAUUCUGCGCCUAGCUGCCGGGCCUCGGGAUAUCACCAACCGAUGGCAAUUUUAUUUGAUACGUAAAAAAACUGAGAAUCAUUAACGGGCUGGAUUGACUUAUGUGGACACCUUCGCGGGACAUGAAAAUGGGAACAUCCCAUCCAAUUAAUAAAGGUGGUCCUGCGUGUAAUUUUGGAAAGGGCAAAACAUUCCCGUGUCCUAACCCCAAUACAAAUCUAAACCGUUGUCCUAGUCUUGACCAUAACCCCACCCUAAACCUUAACUCUGCAGUUAACACCAGCCCCUACCUUAAAUCCAAACCUGAUUUUGGCUUGGGUAACCGUUAACUCUAAGGCAGAAUGGUAUUACCGACAAUGACAAGGGAGACCGGAAUGGCCAUUUCUGGCUUAUUAGCCGUCGUCAGCCAGUCAUUUCCAACGCCGAAGUGUGGGAUACCUGGGGCUCGAACUCGCAGACUGUUAGUUAGAAGUCCAACGCCUCUAACCACUGGGCCACGGGCACGUUGUCCUGUCGGUUUCGAUUGUAAUAUACAAUGGUAGGGGGGGGGGCUCACCGAUCGUUUCUACGGGAUUCACUCUAACAUGUGUUCCCAAUCGGACCCGACAAGACAACGAGCCCGUGGCUCAGUGGUUAGAGGCGUUGGACUUCUAGCUAACAGGUCGCGAGUUCGAGCCUCGGGUGUUCCACACUUCGGGGCUGGGUAUGACUGGCUGACGACGGCUAAUAAGCCAGAAAUGGCCAUUCCAGUCUCCCUUGUCUUUGUCGGUAAUAACAUACUGUCUAUAUCAUGCACCGUUGUGCGGCUGCUGGUUACGCUCGAGAGGGAGCCCGUAAGGCACAACGGGACGAGUGAGUUCCGUAGAAACGAUCAAUAAGCACCCCUCUACCAUCGUUAACUUCAAAUCCCACCUUAAAUCUAAUCCUUAACUUAAUCCUAAACCGUGCCCUUAUUUCGCUGAAAGUUGGCUCAAACCCAACCUGUGUUGCAGGCGGUUCCGAUUCUCAUGUCCUGUUAAGGCGCCCACAUAAGUCAGUCCUACACAUUAUCGAAAUUCGUCAAUUAGGCAUAUAUUUUCGGUUAUAUCUUAUUUCUUAACCGUACCUGCUAGGGGUUAGGGUUAAACCCCCCUACUACCACCGGUCCCUUACGACAGGCAGCCCGGGCUUCUCUAUUACAGGUACGGCUACGAAAUAUGACCCGACCAUAUCUUCAUAUAACUGUCAUCUAGAGGGGUGACCGGAGAUGUUCUUCGGCAAAGGACACCACGCCACCUUCCGUGAACUAGUGGCGCUUGGUGUCGUAGCCUCAUCAAAGUUAUAUUCGCCACGAAAAAGUGCAUUUGAGACAUUUAAUAAAUGUCUCAUGAGUCCCAACUCUUGCGGAAGUUUUUGUGCCGACUCCGUCUCCAAUCUGUUUUUCCCCGCGUAUUGUGUAGGUCCAUUUUGGAGGUAUCUUUCUAGCGAGGUCUUCAGAUACCCCGCUUCACUGAGGGAGUUUGCAAAUUCAGGACACGGAGGCCUGUCAGGUUUUGGUGGAGAUGAAGUGGAAGCCGUUGAAAUACUUCAGGAGUGACUUCGGCAAUGGGCUUUGUCGCCAAAGGUAUUCGAAAGGAUGGUGUGUGAAGGGGCAGUUGAUUUCAAUUGAAGGCAGUUUAAAUUGCUGCACAUGUCUUCGCUUGAGGCUGAAAAUAUCUAUUCGAGGCACUUGGUCGUGACAGAAAUCGUCCACCUUUCUCUGAUUCCGAUUCUCACUUCAGCUGCAUUCUGGUUUGUUUAUUACCCACGUUUGACCUUUUGUUCCCGGCGAUGUCCACCGUUUGCUCCACAGCAGGGUGCCAGCAGGGCCGGUGACUUGCGUUUGCUUUCUAUUAUGUAUGUCGAUAGUAGACUUGCGCAGCAUCUGACACACACGUCACCUGGGCUUGGUAAAAAAAAAACCGGAAGAGAGCUUGGGCAGCUGUCAUGGCGAAAACCAGUGCCUUGAAAAGAUUACUUACAGUAGGUGGGUUAACACAUGAAAUGUCAACCGAAAUCCCUAAAUGCGUUUUCGUUCCGAGAAGAUUAAUUAAGUAGGGUUGUAAAUCUAGUCAGCCUGCAGCGUACUUCUAUAACAUUACAAUUACCCCCAGGAUGCCGGCUUUCGAAUGAACUUCCUUCCGGUUGCAUGCAAAAACUACACUCUGUAAAGAACGAGAACUCAUGUAGCAUGAAUUUUCUCAUUGAUUUUCGAUGCCUCUAAAAGUCCAGUUAUAUUUCAUGGAAAACUUGCAUGAAAAUAUUUAUUCUCGUGCGUAUUCGGUAGAAAAUUACGUCUUCUAAUUUUAUACUCGAAGAAGGGAUAUGAUUCGGUUUUAAAAAAGUUUCUAAUUGUGAGAUUUUUUAAUACUGUGAAAUGGCCGUUCAUAGAACCUCAUGUGGCUUGGAAAGUUAACAAUAUGGCUCAAAGCCACUGCUUAAUUUUAUGAACCCUCUAUGGUCUUCCUUUAUUACCGUAGAGAAAUGUGUGUUUUUACGUACGAGAAAAUAUAUGGCUUGUAGUUUGGAAACCCUGAAUCCAAGUGUAAUGGUAGAGCGGGUUUAAAAGUAUUCGGGAAUUGGAAAAGUUUGUGAAAACCGAAUUAUACCCUUCCUUCGAGUAUAUGAUUGGAAGAAGACGUUAUUUUCUACCUAAUGAGCGAAAGAGUGAAUAUUUUUUUGCAUGUUUUCCAUGAAAUAUAAUUAAAUUUUUAAGGACAUCGAAAAUCAAUGAGAAAAUUGCAUGCGGUACCGAUCGCGGGUGAGAGGUCUUCUACUUGAAUAGGUCACUCGUGCCUACCCAGCAUUGUGACGGUCAGGUCGCAUUAGGGCUCCUCUCCUGGGUGAACUCUGUGAAAUUUGUAUUCAGGUCAGAUCCGAUAUUAUUCUUACCGUGUGGGGUUAGGGGCCACCAGCUGUGGUGUAUGCGUCGAAGUGACUUAGGCUUCAGCGCUGGACCAGCACCGGGUCAGAUUAGGGUGCGACACUCGUUAUUGGGUUGUGCACCCAUAACAAAUGUCAUACAUGGGAGGGGGGAAGUUGUGGCACGUCGAGGCGCAGGUAAACGCCGCGCCAGUCACCUGUGUGCGGCCCAACUUAUUGACUCUCCCGCUUGACACCGGGCCCAGGUAUGUGAGGGAGGAGAGAGUGUGAUGGGUGCCGCGCAAGUCUUCUAUCACUGUGAACCAAUUCACGCGCAGAGCCGCCCCCUCCCGCCGCCGAUGAUGAUGAUGAUGACGACGAUGAUAAUGAUGAUGACGACGAUGAUGAUGAUGACGAUGACGAUGAUGAUGAUGAUGAUGAUGAUGAUGAUGAUGAUGAUGAUGAUGAUGAUGAUGAUGAUGAUGAUGAUGAUGAUGAUGAUGAUGAUGAUGAUGAUGAUGAUGAUGAUGAUGAUGAUGAUGAUGAUGAUGAUGAUGAUGAUGAUGAUGAUGAUGAUGAACAGCGUCGGCAACGACGAUCAAACCGUCGGUAUGUGGCCCGAGGUGCCUAAAUGCUACUUCGAUACGCAGAUGCAAAUGAUGCGCUUAAUGCGUGCUCCGUGUUGUUUUUGUUCCUACCGUUGCAGGGCUCAAACCCCCACCCCGCUUUGGACCCUACGCAGUACAGGCUCACUGCCCCAGGUGUAACCUGGACUCCUUCACAGCGAUUGAGCGCAAGAACGGUUGCCUCGCCUGGCUCUGCUGUUUCUUAAUCUUCAUUUUCGGGUAUGUCAUUUUUUUCGGACUGGGGAGCCCCAAUCCGCAUGCUGUGUUUUAAACUCUCACGAGGGGGGCCAAAAUCUGCGACUCGGGGGUUUGCCAACUGACGGGAUGACUUGGUCCUGCCAUUAGCUGAUAAGCUGUAAAGGCCUCCUGGAGAGGCUUGUAUGGCAGCUCUCCGCUGAAAGAUCCGUGACGCCUGUUUGAAGUCUACUUUUUGUGUGUUUAGGGAUCUCCACGUCUUCAGUACGCGUGGGGGGGGGAUUUGCGAAAGUGGUAUUGUUCAUAUUGACCCAACUGUGAAAAACUCGGCGCCUUGAUGGGACUUGAACCCAAGCAGUGACGGGAAGGCCUUUGUACAGCCAACGCUCUAACUACUUAAGCUACGAGGCCCCGCCGGACGACGCGAGUUUAAUCACAUUUAGGUCAGGUUACCCGGCCCAACUUACUGUAACGUCUGGAAUCCACCAAAUCUGAUGCAGUAAGUCGACUGCCCAAGCAGGAUUUCCUAAAUAACUCACCUAGAAUCCACCAGAUAACUACCAGACUCACGUAAUUCAUAGGUAUUUUGGCAGAUACCUCAAGUGGUUAGAGCGUUGGCUGUAAUAAGGCCUUUUCCUUACUGCGUGGGUUCGAAUCCCACCGAGGCACCUAGUUUUUCACAGUUGCGUCAAUAGGAAUUAUUCAAAAUCUGUCAAAAUAUCUAUCAAUAACAGUACGCCAAUUUCUGGCUCAAUCCAGGCUACCUGAAAAAGAAGAUGGGACGGUGGAAUUGAAGUGGGUCUGCCAACCUCUGCAUGACUCGAGAAGGUUUCGGCCAUUUGAAGUGGAGAAGUGAUAUUUGACUUUUCCGAACACAUUUAGCACUCGAAGUACAUAGAAGAUGGGCGGGGUCCCACUACGUAUCUUUUUCUCUUCCUUAAGUGCGAACAGCCGAGGAUCCGUAAAACAAUCCAGUACUCUCUUCCUCGGACGAAUCAACUUACAGUCCGGUGCGUUCAUUGGAGGCUGGCAGAAGGGCUAACAGCAGGACACGCAAUGGGAACCACCCGUAAUGCCGGUGACUUUGCAGUCAAUCCCAUUCCCCUGGGGAGGGGGGUAUUUAUUCGUACUGAAAUCAGCGUAAGAAAACCAAAUGGUGAGACAGUGGUGAACUGGGGUUUUACAAAGUGCUUACUGCCCAUCUAGCAGACCCCCCCCCUCGUGGACCAUCUAUGCCGUGUGCCAGCGCACGCCUGUGUUUCUGGGCAAAAUAAGCCCGAAGCUGUACUGUUUCAGUCUGCCCACAUCUUCUUCUACACCUUCCCCCUCUGUCACCCCAUCGGAGCUUGUUUGCUUAGUCGAACCAUCCCUGCGAGGUCUCCAGCGGGAGCUCCAAGGUGUGGAGAGGGACGGUAAGGUCGAAUCGGUAGACGACCACCCCGCCUCCGCAGUAGUUAAUGUUCCCAAUCGCAGCCGACUAGAUAAGGAGUCCGUGGCUCGGUGGCAGUGAAUUGAACUUAGAGCUCCAGAGACUAUCCGGGUUCGAAUUCUGAACUAUUCGACCUCCGGAUUGGACCAGAAGUGGCCGUCACGUGUUUCCCUCCAGUCUUUGUCGGUACUCGAUUUGUUUGCUGUGAAAAUUUACUCCCCCCCUCUUUGGUUUUAGUGGCGUCUUCUUCUGCUGCCUCAUACCCUUCUGUUGCGCCAGAUGCCAGGACGUUCAGCACAGGUGCCCCAACUGCAAAAAGCAGCUUGGCUACUACCGUCGCCUGUGA